UCCUUAGCAACUUCCAAAUCCAUCCCUAAAUCCAAACUGAACCCUUCAUAGCCUUUUGUUUGUUUACUUGCUUUUGUUUUCUUUCUAUUUUAUUAGAGGAAGUAAUUAGCUAAGUUACAGUCCAACCAACAUUCCCUGCUACACAUUUGUUUCUUUCCUUCAUUGACUCUUUUUUUCUUCCACUUAUCCUAGCAGUAAUGGAAGCCCUGUUUCUGAAUCCAACCCCAACUGUUGUGGCUAAGAUAAGGUCUUCAAAGAGGCAUGGCUGGUGCUGCAUUAAUGGGUCUUCCAGGAAGAACAAGAACAGUGUGUGUUGUCAAAGUAAUGGAAAUAUGACAACAUUUGGUGGGUUGUCCUCUGUUUUUACAGAGAGUUUGAUGCAGACACCAAUGAUAGAGAAGGUAGAGCAUGGAAGUUGUCUGGUGGAUGCUGGAAGCUUGGUUUCAUCAUCAAAUGAGAAAACUAACAAUGACAUACAAGUGAAGGAUUUGGUUCCUUAUAAUGGAAAACCCACCACCCUGAUUGAGAUCUCUGAUGGUAUUGGCAUUGUCAAGUUUCUUAGAGGAAAACAGUUAUUUAUUACUGGUGCCACUGGUUUUCUAGCAAAAGUCCUCAUAGAGAAGAUUUUAAGGACAGCCCCUGAUGUGGGUAAGAUCUUUCUCUUGAUUAAGGCAAGAAACAAGGAGGAUGCAAUGAACAGAUUGAAGAAUGAAAUCAUAAAUGAAGAACUUUUCAAGUGCCUGAAACAAAAUCAUGGGAAUGCAUAUCAAUCAUUUAUACUUGGCAAGCUGUUUCCUAUAGUGGGUAAUGUCUGUGAAUCUAAUCUUGGAAUAGAAGAAGAUGUAGCUGAACUUAUUGCAGGGGAAGUUGAUGUAAUCAUAAACUCAGCGGCCAAUACUACCUUCGACGAAAGGUAUGAUGUUGCUCUGGAUAUAAACACAAGAGGAGCUUCUCGACUUAUGAGCUUUGCGAAGAGCUGUAACAAACUUAAACUCUUCCUGCAAGUGUCAACUGCAUAUGUUAAUGGUCAAAGGCAAGGUAGAAUCUUGGAGAAGGCCUUCUGCAUGGGAGACAGCAUAACAAGGGAGACGAUCAUUCCCAAAGCCCCUUCUACAUCUCUCCCUCUGUUGGAUGUUGAAGGUGAAUUAAAGUUGGCCUCUGAGUUGAAAAGGGCUUUCCAAGAUGAUGCAGUGGCACAAAAGAUGAAAGAAUUUGGUUUAGAGAGGGCCCGUAUACAUGGGUGGCAAGAUACUUAUGUGUUCACAAAGGCCAUGGGUGAGAUGCUGAUAGACAGUCAGAGAGGAGAAAUACCAGUAGUUGUUAUCCGUCCUAGCGUCAUUGAAAGCACCUGCAAUGAGCCUUUCCCUGGAUGGAUGGAAGGAAACAGGAUGAUGGAUCCAAUAGUCUUGUAUUAUGGGAAAGGCCAGCUCACAGGUUUUCUUGUAGAUCCCAAGGGAGUCCUUGAUGUAGUCCCCGCCGACAUGGUUGUAAAUGCAACCUUGGCAGCCAUGGCAAAGCAUGGCGCAGCAAGGAAACCGGAGAUGAGCAUUUAUCAUGUUGCUUCAUCUGUGGUGAACCCACUACCGUUCCAAGACCUGGCAAGAUUCCUCUACGAACACUUCAGUUCCACUCCUUACAUGGACUCAAAGGGAAACCCAAUUCAUGUCCCAACAAUGAAGCUCUUCAAUUCCAUGGAUGAUUUCUCCUCACAUAUUUGGAGGGAUGCCAUCCAAAGAAGUCAGCAAGUAGCUGCAGCUGCUUCCAAUGGGAAACUGUCUCGUAAACUCGAAAUUGCAUGCAAGAAAUCAAUGGAACAAGCAAAAUACCUGGCUAGCAUAUAUGAACCAUACACUUUCUAUGGAGGAAGGUUUGAUAAUACCAACACACAGAAGCUAAUGGAGGAACUGUCAGAAGAGGAGAGAAGGAGCUUUGGAUUUGAUGUAAGGAGCAUAGAUUGGCAGCAUUAUGUGUCUAACAUUCAUAUUCCAGGUCUGAGAAGGCAUGUAAUGAAGGGGAGAGGGAUGUCUGGAUAAUUAGACCUUCUGUUCAUAGGAAUUGGUUGUAAUGUCCUUUUAAUCCUGGUAAAUAAUGAGAAGAGGAAAUAUAAUAGCUCACAUGAAUUGAAUUCAUACUUCAUACCUUCAUGUUCUUUCUCUUCUGUAAUCAAUGGCCUCUCUCAUUGUAGCCAUAACCAAUGGGUUUACCACCUAAUUAAUCA